CAGCUCCUAUAAUGAAGCUAUAAAUAACUACCACCUCCUCUUCCAUCAAUCAUCAAAAUUGAAAGCAAGCAAGUAAAAAAGUUCUCAAAAAACUCACUGAAAAUGUCUCUGAUCCCAAGAAUCUUUGGCGAUCGACGAAGCAGUAGCAUGUUCGAUCCAUUCUCAAUUGACGUGUUUGAUUCAUUCAGGGAAUUAGGCUUCCCAGGUACCAAUUCAGGGGAGACCUCUGCAUUUGCUAACACGCGAAUAGACUGGAAGGAAACUCCAGAGGCUCAUGUGUUCAAGGCCGAUCUUCCAGGGCUUAAGAAGGAGGAAGUAAAAGUGGAAGUCGAAGAAGAUAGGGUUCUUCAAAUCAGCGGAGAGAGGAACGUGGAGAAAGAAGAUAAGAAUGAUAAGUGGCAUCGCGUGGAGCGAAGCAGCGGGAAAUUCAUGAGGAGAUUUAGACUUCCGGAGAAUGCAAAGAUGGAUCAAGUUAAGGCUUCUAUGGAGAAUGGAGUGCUUACUGUAACUGUUCCAAAGGAAGAGGUGAAGAAACCUGAGGUCAAGUCCAUUGACAUCUCUGGUUAAACGCUUUGGCUGGGAUUAAACUUGUAGUAUUAAGUAAAGUGUGUACUGUUGAAGAUUUUCAGUUUUUUUAUUUUCUGCCUGUGUCUUAUGCUGAGUCGUUUUCCUAGUUUGUUAUGACCUGUGUGAUGUAUUUCCCUUGAGUACUCUAUAUGUGAAAAUAUGUAUUACUAGUAGUAUUUCUGGUGCCA